UCUAUCCCAGAGUUCCACAGCCUUAGUUCGUUCCCAGCAUUCUUGCGAACCGGUCAAGUCAGUGCAACAUGGCGGAUCCUCGAGAGAAAGGUCUGCAAGACUACAGGAAGAAAUUACUGGAGCACAAAGAGAUCGACGGACGGCUCAAAGAGUUGAGGGAGCAGCUGAAAGAACUUACAAAGCAGUAUGAAAAAUCAGAAAAUGACCUGAAAGCUUUACAAAGUGUUGGGCAGAUUGUCGGAGAGGUCCUGAAACAGCUAACAGAAGAGAAAUUCAUUGUAAAGGCGACAAAUGGACCUCGCUAUGUUGUUGGCUGCCGUCGACAGCUUGACAAGUCCAAACUCAAACCUGGCACAAGAGUGGCGCUUGACAUGACCACCCUGACUAUCAUGAGGUACCUGCCCCGAGAGGUUGACCCUCUAGUGUACAACAUGUCCCACGAGGACCCUGGCAGCGUCUCCUAUUCAGAGAUCGGGGGAUUGUCAGAACAGAUCCGGGAGCUCAGAGAGGUGAUUGAGCUUCCCCUCACAAACCCUGAGCUUUUCCUGCGUGUGGGGAUCAUCCCUCCCAAAGGCUGUCUGCUGUAUGGACCACCAGGCACAGGGAAGACACUGCUGGCCAGAGCUGUUGCCAGUCAGCUGGACUGUAAUUUCUUAAAGGUGGUCUCCAGUUCUAUAGUUGACAAGUACAUUGGGGAGAGCGCCAGGCUGAUCAGAGAGAUGUUCAACUACGCCAGGGAUCACCAGCCCUGUAUCAUCUUCAUGGAUGAGAUUGAUGCUAUUGGUGGGCGUCGAUUUUCUGAGGGCACCUCGGCUGACCGAGAGAUCCAGAGGACCCUGAUGGAGCUGCUGAACCAGAUGGACGGCUUCGACACGCUGCACAGAGUCAAGAUGAUAAUGGCGACGAAUCGUCCCGACACCCUGGACCCUGCACUGCUGCGCCCAGGUCGCCUGGACCGCAAGAUCCAUAUUGAACUGCCCAAUGAACAGGCACGCUUGGACAUCCUGAAAAUUCACUCUGGGCCCAUCACAAAACACGGAGAAAUGGAUUAUGAAGCGAUUGUGAAGCUCUCUGAUGGGUUUAACGGAGCUGAUUUGAGAAAUGUGUGUACCGAAGCAGGCAUGUUUGCAAUUCGUGCCGACCACGAGUAUGUGACCCAGGAAGACUUCAUGAAGGCGGUCCGCAAGGUGGCGGACUCUAAGAAGCUGGAAUCCAAGCUGGACUACAAGCCGAUAUAAUACCAGCGAUUCAGGAGUGUUGUUGAGUGCAUGGGUAUAUCUUUCUUAUGAAAAGAUUAUAAUUUGUUUUUAAAUGGGAAGUUUGCUAUUUCUGUACUGUUACGUUUAUAUAUAUAUAUAUAUAUAUAUAUAUAUAUAUAUAUAUAUAUAUAUAUAAAUUAUACACACAGCUGUAGAGUGUAGUAAACCACUAACUUUAGACUAACUUAAUAAUCUGUGUUUUGUAACAGAAGGAUGCAGAUCUCUUUGUUUUGUUUUCUUCUGGGGAAUAUGGAUAUCAUCUUGCAAAACUGUUCAAAUGUACUUCCAUAUUGUAUACUCUUUAUACCAUUUCUACCCAAGUGUAAUGAGUAUCCUCCAGGGACUUCAAGAAAAGAGCUGAUUUAAAUAGUCUUAUACACGAUUGUUCUUUUGGAUCUGUCAUGUUUUGUUUUGUUUUUUUGUCCCCAAAGAUUCAAAUUAAAAAAAAUGUAAUUGCAGUA